UGACUGUGGCUGACUAUAUCUCACGAGCAGAGUCUCAGAGCCGCCAGCGGCCACCCCUGGAACGCACUAAACCCUCAGAGGACUCUCUUUCAGGACAGAAGGAUCGACGCUUCACGUUGAGGGGAGGGCAUUCAGGACGCCCCCUUAAGGCUUCUCCCAACCCAUGGCGCUACCGGGCUCCUCACAGGACCAGACCUGGAGCCUGGAGCCUCCUGCUCCCACGGCUUCUGCGUCUUCAUCUUCGGGACCCCAGGAGCGGGAGGGCGCUGGGAGCCCCGCGGCCCCCGGGACGCUGCCCCUGGAGAAGGUGAAGCGGCCCAUGAACGCGUUCAUGGUGUGGAGCUCCGCUCAGCGCCGCCAGAUGGCGCAGCAGAACCCCAAGAUGCACAACUCUGAGAUCUCCAAGCGCCUGGGCGCGCAGUGGAAGCUGCUGGACGAGGACGAGAAGCGGCCCUUCGUGGAGGAGGCCAAGCGGCUCCGCGCCCGGCACCUGCGCGACUACCCCGACUACAAGUACCGGCCUCGGCGCAAGGCCAAGAGCUCGGGCGCCGGACCUUCCCGCUGCGGACAGGGAAGAGGUAGCCUGGCCGGCGGCGGCGUGAUCUGGGGGCCGGGGUACGCGACCACCCAACCUAGCAGAGGCUUUGGGUACAGACCCCCCAACUACUCGACAGCCUACCUACCCGGCAGCUAUGGCUCUUCCCACUGCAAACUGGAGGCCCCCUCAUCGUGCGCCGUCCCUCAGGGUGACCCUAGGCUUCAGGGGGAGCUGCUGCCCCCCUAUACCCACUACCUGCCCCCUGGCUCUCCCACUCCAUACAGUCCUCCCCUUUCUGGUGCCCCCAUGCCCCUAACCCACCUCUAACUCUCAUGGACUCAGACCUCACCCGACAUGCCUCAUCCUCCUUUUUUAAUCCAGCAGCAUCCCCUACCCCAGGCUGUCAAUCCUUUCUCAUGUUGGACUACAGUUCAGACCCGCCUGCAGUCCUCCCACGAAAGCCAGGGAGAGCCGCACAACAUACAGUUAUAUUUUUGGUAGUAUUAAACACAGUUUUGUAUUAUUCAA